UGGCCAGCACAAGUCCAGCCACCACGCCAGCCGUCCAGGCGCGCCACCGCUCAGUGCAUGCUAAGCCACAGCAUUAUUAGACUAUCCGUCGCGUCGCCGGGUGCCGCGCCCACUCUCUGUGUGUAUAUCUGUAAAAAGACUUUUAUUUCAUAGGAUUUGGUAAACUAAUUUCAAAAUAAUGGCUCAAGGUUGCUGUGAAGACGGUUGCUGUACCUGUUUGUGGAGAUAUUAUUCACCUUUUGUGCGGACGUGUGGAGUUUUAGUCGGAGGAGCACUAUGGGCCAUUGGUAUAACACAGGUAUAUGAUACUAAUAAUGGGGCUACAGAUCUAUUCUUCAUAUAUAUUUUAUUUGCUGCCUUGAUAGUAUCCCUGUUAGAGCUUAUGAUAUUUAUUACUCCAUGUUGUGACAACUGCUGCAGUAGAGAUGGCAGGUGUUUUGUAUACUGGGAGUAUAUGAAUUGGUUAGACAAUUGGAAGAGAGCCAUUGUUUAUCUUCUACUCUCUGUAUUCUGUUACAUCAAGCAUUCCAACUCAUUGGCAAUACUAGCAGGAGCCAUACUAGAUGCUCUGGCACUCAUCUACAUCAUCCGCACCUACCGCAUCGAUCCUGAGGACCACGACCCAGAGUCGGACGCCGGUUCAACCCGCGUCGGGAGCCGCACCUACGGCAGGUUCCACAACGACGACGCCCGACGAGGGAUGAGUUCCCCGGUCACUCCCAGUAUGGCGGGAUCGGACGAGUCGGCCCCUCCCCCAGCCCUCGAUGGUCCCCAGUACGAGGCGGAGGCCCGGUAUCCGGGCGGGAACGUACCCAACCCCUUUGAGGACGAGCCCAAAGAUGAGGACGCAGCUCCGGAGGGGGACGCAGGGUUGACAAGAUACCCCCCUUAGUAGUAACGACACCCCUUUCAUAGUCAGCAGUUUGCAUGAUGUGUACAUUUUUGUUUUGUAAUAUCGUUAUUUGUUUUACACAACUUUGUUUAUGUUAGUGUAUGCAGGUUGUCUGUAUUCCAUUUCCCACAGUGAGAGUCAUAUUAGUUCAGUGUAUGAACUUUUAUUUGUGUCUACCGUAAUGAAAUUUCAUGGGAUCCUAAUUUUAUAAUAUAAUGUCUAAAGACAUGUGCUAAAGAAGCAGUACAUUAAUAUCUUGCAAGUCAAUACGUUUAUUCCUAUGCAAGCUAUAAUCGUUUCGAGUACCUGUACAUUUUCAUGUACAGAAGGCCCUAUAAACGUGACAAAUUUGAUAAAUAAACCUGGGCCCUGUCCUAUAAAAAGUUGCGUUUAAUCACAAUUUUUUCGCCAUUGCAAUUGAUGUCAAUCGCAACUACAGUAUGUACAGUAGAGAUAAUGGGACUGCAACGUUGCGAUUGAUUCGGAUCAAUCCCAAAUUUUAUAGACGGAGCCUUGGGCUAACCCCUGGUUAAUAGCCAUUUCAUUCACAUGCUACAUGGCAUCUCUAUGGAUGGAAUCUACUUUGCAUACAUUAGCUGUUGCUAUGUUGGGAAAGCCUCUGGCAACCUGUCUACUUGCCAAAAGGAACUUUUGUUCACAAAGUAGGCAUCAAAUUGGUAAACAGAGCCCAGUCUUAUAAACCAUGUACAUAAGAGUUCAGAGAGUACUGUAAACCUCGCGAUUGAUUGGAGGACGUAGGGUUGAUUCGGAUCAAUCGCAACUCUUUAUAAGACUAGGCCCAAUUCUUUUGUCAAUUAUUACAAAGCUCCCAAUUUUCACAGUAAAAAAUAUCACGUUGUCAUACAUGUCUGUGUACCUGUAAAUACAUUGUACAAGUAUGUUAAGUGUUGAGUACUUCUGACUUCUAGCAUGUGUGUAGAAGUACAGUGGAAACUCCUUAUAAUGAGGUCCUUGAUACCGUGUAAAUAACAUUGUUAUAUGAGGAAUCUUGUUAUAUCAGGGGAAAAAAACAAGAGAAUAUAAAGAGCUGGGACCAGUUAUAUCAUCUUUUUUAUAACAGAUACCUCGCUAUUUAUCACAGCUCUUUAUAAUGAGUUUUCACUGUAUACCGGUAUUUAAUGAUUAACAUCUCAAACCGUCCCUAUCAUCUUCCAAACUUAAGUGUACCAAUCGCCAGAGAAUAUUGCGCUACGUACGUCGAGAGUUCCAUGUUGUCAUCCUGAAUUUAUAUUCAAAAUGUUAACUUCAAAUAUUCUUCAUUAUUAAAAGAGACAUUGUGAGUUUAAACACAAUUUCAAUAUUAAAACACAGAAGCGACUAGUGAGUAGCUUAGUUGAUGCAAUAGAAUAGGGUGCACACAGAUCCCACAUCCAACUUAGGUUUGGUGCGUCAGGUUUAAUUCUUAACUGAUAAACCAUAGAAUGCCUGAUCAAUUGUUUUUUUAAAGGUUGAUUGUAUAGUUUCUAGCUGUACACAAAAAAUUAUUUUUUAGGUGAUUGGUACAUUUUAAGAACUUUGUAAACAAAUAAAGUCAGGGAAAAGGUUGUGCCUAGAAGAUAGACCAUUUGGUUUAUGAUUAGUGGUAAAUCUUUGAAGUCUCAAACAUUUACUGUAUGUUUGGUUUGAAUUUGUGAAUUUUUUAUUCUCUGGUAUGUUCACCUUGGUUAUUUAAUACUUCAAAGAUGAAACUACUAUCUAUAGUUUGAGGUUUUCUUUGAGUAUCAUGUAGUUUGUGCAAUGGUAAAGGUCUUUCCUAUCUCUGUGUUCUUCCAGAUGU